AUGGCUGUUAUACCCUUCCCACGAUCGAUAAUAGUGAUAAUAGUGAAUGCAGUGCUUUUACACCAUAUAAUGAAGGUUGUUAGUACACAUACUCAAAGUGUCUUCUCGGGAUAUCUAGCAAGUAGAAGUAAAUUACACUCUGAGCAGUGUGCCAAUCGUGUUUUGAUUUAGCGCCUCAAAAUUCAGUCACUUCUGUACCAGUCGGUCACCGCUCCGUCAGUCACAAAACAGUUGUGUUGUUUUUAAAAGUCUGCUCAGUGGUUCGGAGCGUUUGAUAACUGUAUUUUAUAAACGGCAUCAAAUAAAGGGCAAUGAAUCCCAGAGUGCCAUAAAGCAGUUACCAGGAAAAUGUGCUUUCGUAGUUUUUACUCCAACAUUAAAUUAAAGUGUUGGCACCGAGAAGAUGACGAAAAUGUUGAACUGGUGAAUCGAGUGUCCCCCAACAGUCACAUUCAACAGGCACAGGAGCACAGUUCCCAGGCGGGGUCAACGGCAAGGCUGCCUCAGCUACCUGCCCUGCAGGAUGGACUCCGCAACCGGUUCAAAAUGACUUACAACAUUCAACUUCCACCGGAGCACACCUAUCUGGGAAAAUUGGAACGGGUGGAAAGUGCCGAUCACUUCGAGCCCGGCACGAUUCAUCGUAUUCCCGUUACUGGUCAUCACUCGAUUGUAUUCCCAGGAGAAACCAUACCGCUGAUCCUGACAAACUCGUUAGUUGAAUUCGACGGUCGAAACGAGAGCAGCCGAAUUGGUUUGGUGUUCUGGGAGUACCCGUUUAAAAAGCGAAUUUUCGGCGUCGUUUGUCAGGUGCGAGAGAAAACCCUUCGUGAAUCGGUAACGGUUCUAAAGACCGUGGCGCAGCAACGGUUCGAGCUGGUACCGCAGCAAGAUGGUGCCCUGACCAGAUCGGUCCAACGAGAAGCCCGAGCACACUAUUACGCGCAGGUCAAAAUACUCCCUGAAGUUCUACUCCCUGAUCCGCUGACUAGCUUCUGCGCCAGUAACAUGGUGAAGAUCGGCAAUCUCAAUCGUAACCGUCUAUUGGCUGCCCAGUCUAGUGUGUGGCCAAAGUUCGUCUACGAUCAGUACGGCUCCGAUGAGGUACUGUGGCGGGUCCGACGAUUCUUGGAAUUCCUACAGAUCAAAUCCGCUCCAACGAAGGAUCCAGCUAUGCUAUCCUUUUGGUUAGCCAGGAACAUUCCGCUGAGUGACGCCGACCGUAAGGAACUGCUGUUUUCCAAUUCGAUACUUUCCCGAAUGCAGCUGGUGAAUAAUAUUUUAGACUAUAAGUGUGCGUUCCUUUGUGCAAAAUGUGACCUUUGGAUCGCGGAUUAUGCGGACAUGUUCGCAAUGUCGAAUCAGGGCGUCAGCAGUAGUUACUGCAAUCCGUCUGGGUUUGUACAUGAGACUUUAACCGUAUACCAAACGCAACCGAAUGUUAUUCGGACCACAACGAAACCCUCGACAGAGUUUAGCUGGUUUCCGGGUUAUUCCUGGCAGAUUGCGAUAUGCAACGUGUGCAGCAUUCACAUUGGAUGGAAAUUCGUUGCGACAAAGCGCAGCUUGAAGCCGCGCAAAUUUUACGGCUUAUGCAGUAAGAGCAUUCAGGUGGCAUCCGAUCGAAAGUUAAGGAGAAAUUCAAUUACCUCGCUUCUUCGCUUCGAUCAAACCCAUUUGGAUCAGCUUGGACAAUCUGAUCAAAAUGUGGAUUCAAGAUAAAUAAAAAAACCCGCUGGAAAUCAAAUAGCUUUUGCACGAGAGAAACGAGAGACUGGUCACAAGAAGGAACAAAUAUGAGAUUUUCUCCACCCUAGGAAUGUUUAGAACAAAAAGCCUACAGUUAUCGAAUAUUAUUACAUUAUUCAUCCUCUACUCGUAGACGUGUAUUGAUUUGAAUCAUGAGAUUAAAUAUUAAAGCAUUUGAAUAAACUCAAUGUACAAACCACA